GAGUAUGCCAUGGGCGGCCUCUUUUCUGAAAAAUCAGAUGUGUUUAGCUUUGGGGUAAUCUUAUUAGAGAUCAUAAGUGGCAAGAAGAACGUUGCCUUAUUUGAGGUUGAUAAUCAGCUAAACUUACUCGGCAAUGCCUGGAAUCUGUGGAAAGAAGGCAAGAGCAUGGAAUUGGUAGAUUCAACAUUGACUGCUUCUUGUUCAAGCCGUGAAGUUACCAGAUGCCUUCAGAUGGGACUUCUGUGUGUGCAAGAAAGAGCUACGGAUCGACCAACCAUGGCGGAUGUUGUUUCGAUGCUAAGCAAUGAAACAAUAGCCAUGGCGCUUCCCAAAGAACCUGCAUCAUGGAGUCAGCUAAGUUCCAGUGAUGCAGAUUCGUCGUCGAGUAGGCAAAGACACCACUCUACAUUUGAUAUGACGAUUUCAGGAGUGCACGGAAGGUAGCGAGGCAAUGUUUUUUCAGAAAAAAAAAUUGUUCACUUACAAUUAUACUGCUGUUUGGUGUAGUCUGUAGAGUUUGUUCCACUUGUAUCAAAGUUGUAAUAUAUAGCAAAUAUUUCUAUUUAAUAGUUGGUUAAUACAGAAAUCUAAUUCAG